AUGGAGUCUCUCAACGAUCUUCAGGCCUCAAGCGAUCGUAUUCAAGAAACAAAUAUUGUUUCUAGAGAUGAUCGAAGCAUCAGUCGAUCCCCUAACCGUCGAAAAUCAAAACAAACAAAAAAAUUGUCAACAGUGUCCUCACGGGAUGAUCAAAAACCAAAAAGCAGGAAAAAUAAACAUCGAACGUCUCAAGUACAAUCUACCCAAGAGAAGUCUGAUACUUUAAAGAUCUUGACAUCAGAAACUUUGAAAUCAAAAAGCUGUGAUCAACUUUUGGCAUUCGACGAGAUGAAAAUUGAAAGCCAAAACAAUGAUUAUGGAGCUGAAGACAAUUUUUCACGUUUGACGCUUGAAAAAAGGUAUAGUGAUCAAAGCGAAGCUGGUGGUUUACAAAAAAACAAACGAAUGGAAUUCGACCCAAGCCUAUCAGUCGAAGAAGUACUGAAUAUGUGGAAAGAAGCAGACGAAAUGCAAGCAGCUUCGAAUGAUAAAUUUACAAAAAGUCAUGAGUUAGACAAUAUUGGCAUUAUGAAUCUAUCUUCGAUGAAUUUAACUGAUAAUAACAUGCCGUCGAUCAUACAACGAGCUUUUACCGAAGAGAAAUCAAAAUGUGUUGGGCUUAUCUUACGAGACAAUGCUUUAACAUCGGUCAGCGUAAUGAUACUCGUCGAGGCACUGCUCAAAACACGAACAAAAUUAAAAUAUCUCAGUUUCUCGAAUAAUACAGCCAUAGGAGAUCGAGGUAUUGAGCAUUUGGUUCGUUUACUACAAAAGAAUCGAUCAAUUACUUUCCUCGCUUUACCCAAUACGGGCAUCACAGAUCAUGGUGUUCGACUACUAGCAGACGUACUUUGUGGUAUUGACCCUAAUUCAUCAUGCUCACCUCUCGAAAAAUUGCAUAUUUCAUUCAAUAAAUCGAUUACUGAUGAGUCAAUCGAAGCUCUUAUACAAAUACUUGAACAAAACAAAACAUUAAAGGUGCUUGCUUUACAACAUUGUGGACUAUCGGAUGAUGCGCGAGAAAGAUUGAGACAAGUGGCUGCAAAAAAGAAAAAGAAAAAAUUCAGUCUAUCUGAGUAA